ACACAUCAUAUCCUUCCGCUAAACCGCCACACCUCUACACCUCUGCAACAACAUACAGGCUAUUUCAUCACAGAUGUCACGAAUGUGGAACUACAUCACAUGACCAGUUCGCGUAACGGUUUAUUGCCCAAACGAAACAAGUGCAUGCGGCUUGGUAGCGCGUAGGAAUAUAUCAAGCACUUGCUCCGAGUAGAUGGGAUGCUUGUGAGUGAUUAUUGUGCCUAAGAGAGGGAAAUAGACUACUGAGAGACGUUGUUUGGUCAAGCUUGAGGAAGGACAGUGUCCAGAAUGGAUUUAUCUAUUACGCCUUGUGUGUUGUCAUUGCUGCUCGUAGGAAUUAGCUAUGCCCAAGAAAUUAAGGUUUACCCUUCAUAUAAGAGUAUAAGGCGUGAAACAAGCCAAAACGGAUUAUUAAUUACCUGCGAAGUCGAUGGGUUAGCAGAUGAUCAAAAUGCAAACUUGGAGUGGCUGGACCCAGCUGACAACGUCAUUGGACCUUACAAUAGUGCAAUAAAGUCAAGGAUCUACUCCCGGCAGAUGGGCACCAGUAACCAGAACCUGAGGUUUGACACACUGAAGGAUGGAGAUGAGGGGGUGUAUACAUGUCGAGGCACGAUCGGCGGCAACACCAUAACUAAUGAUAUACGGCUGGAACUCUACGACGGAAUCAAGGUGUUGUCCAACCACACCCAGCAACCUAACAUCUACACCGACGCUGUGAUUGCCUGUGCCGUCACAGCCAACCCCUCACCUACUGUGCAGUGGACGUUUGGCAACGGCACAAAGGUCAGAGGUGAGCGCUAUCGUCUACUGCCACAGGGCCUGGAGAUCAAGAACAUCACAAUGGCUGACAAUGGAGUGUACAUCUGCUCAAUCAUUCUCAUUGAGACUGGAGACCUUUUGCCAUUCCACAUCAAUGUCACAGUGACAGUUCCACCUUCCCUGAAGGGCCCCCCAACUAGGAGUACGGCCAUUGUCGGCAAGCGGUUCGAGAUGACGUGCGUGGCAGAUGGUACUCCACGACCAUCAUUUACCUUCAAGAAGGACAAGCUGGUUCUAUCGGGACAAAGAUACAAGGUGAGCAUCACCAAUGAUGUGAAUGAAACCCGAGGGAUGCUGGUGAUCGAGCACCUCCAGAACACCGAUGAGGGGACGUACUCCUGUAUCGCCCAUAACCAAGGUGGAAAUGUGUCCGAGUCUGUCUUCAUCGACACCAUUGCGCCUCCUAUAAUUGAGCCUAUCAUUAACAAGACUGAGCCAGAGGGCUAUGCUGUGGAGCUUGUGUGUGUUGCUAAGGGAGACCCAGCCCCGAUGGUCACAUGGAGAGUCAAGGGCUCCGACAUCCCCAUUUCAGCCAGUCAGGACAUCACCAUUGAAUAUCAACACGAAAAACUGCCUUUGAUUCAAGUUACAACAGUGAAACUCAAGUUCGCCAGACUGGAACAAAAGAACGCUAAUAACUACACAUGCUCCGCCUCCAAUGAAGCUGGUACUGUGGAGAAGGAUGGCAACGUUGUCGUUCAGUUUAAGCCUUACUUUGCGGACACCCCGUACUCGUCAACCUACGGCUGGGUAAACCACAAGUCGGAGAUCAAGUGUGUUGCGAAUGCUGUCCCUCUUGCUGUCAUCAUUUGGAAAUACAACGACGCCAUCAUCACCGAUGGACCAUUCUUCAGUAUUAGCUCAAAGCAAGGAAAUCGACAGAUGAUCAGCAUUCUAGAGGUGUCGGUGAAUGUUGAAAAUGAAAACACAAUCUUUAGGAACUUCACAUGUGAAGCCCUGAAUUUACUCGGAAAGUCCGAGAAGGUCUUUACCUUGAAACAGGCCGUGGAGCCAGCAUCUCCGACUAUUUCCAUUGGAGUGAUGACUCCCAUGACCAUCGAGCUAAUAAUAACCCCUCCUGAAGAGACAGGGGGCCCACCCGUCACUGACUACAGGGUCGUGUACUACGCAAAGGGUGAUGAACAGAACAGGUUCGCACGAAUGGCACCUGUUGGAACAAAUUCCCAGAAGUUUGAGACUCAGCUCCUUCUCGAUAAUCUGGAAGCCAACGUGCUCUACGUCAUCAGCGCAGAGGCUCGGAACAGCGUUGGUUAUGGAGCCAAGGCCGCAAUCUUUGUGUCCACACCAGCCGUCAGGCAACCGAGCCCUCCAAAAGUUACCUCCCCUAGGUCGAGUGACACUCCCCACACCUAUCUGUUGGUUUGGGAGAAACCAGAGACGGGAGGUUCACCAUUGACUGGCUACAAAGUCAGGUAUUACCAGGUGGAACUGUACGACGGUAACCCCGAGAAGGUGAAGACAGUAGUCGGUGACAGGAAAACUCUGACUAUAAGCCAGGACAAUAAGACUGAGGUCAGACUAACUGAACUGAUGCCCAACUCCACCUACGAACUGCAGAUCACUGCCAUAAACGCUAUCGGCGUCUCCAUGGCAACACGUAAACUAGUCACAACACCACCUGUUCAAUUCAAGCCUAACUUUGCGGACACCCCGUACUCGUCAACCUACGGCUGGGUAAACCACAAGUCGGAGAUCAAGUGUGUUGCUAAUGCUGUACCUCCUGCUGUCAUCAUUUGGAAAUACAGCGACGCCAUCAUCACCGAUGGACCAUUCUUCAGUAUUAGCUCAAAGCAAAGAAAUCGACAGAUGAUCAGCAUUCUAGAGGUUUCGGUGAAUGUUGAAAAUGAAAACACUAUAUUUGGGAAGUUCACGUGUGUGGCUGAGAACACCCUUGGCGUGUCCGAAAAGGACAUCAUCUUGAAGCAGGCUGUGAAGCCAUCGGCCCCGAGUAUUUCAGUUGAUAGGCUGACCCCCAGGAGCUUCCGUCUGCUGAUUACUAAAAGUCAAGAAACUGGUGGGCCGCCCAUCAUUAACUACAUGAUUGUGUAUUACGCUCAAGACGAUGUUAAGAACAAGUUCAAAAUGAGGGUACCUGUUAAUGCAAACCCCGAGGAAUUGCAGACUCAGGUCUUCAUCGAUUAUCUUGAAGCCAAGGUAAAAUACAACAUCAGGGUGAAGGCUCGGAACAGCGUGGGCUAUGGAGCCAAGGCAAAAAUCUCUGCCAAGACCCUGGUCUACCCCCCACUGUCUCUGGAAGUCCCCGCUAUUGUGAAUGAUCCCAUUGUCGGCACCAAGUUCGUGAUGACUUGCAGCGCAAAAGGCAGUCCGUACCCAUCAUUAAUCUUCCAGAAGGACAACACAACCCUGUCGGGGGAGAGAUACAAGAUGGGGGUCCUAAAUGAUGUGGAUCGAACCGAUGGGAUCCUGUUGAUCGAGCACCUCCGGAACACCGAUGAGGGGACGUACUCCUGUGUCGCCCAUAACCAAGGUGGAAAUGUGUCCGAGUCUGUCUUCAUCGACACCAUUGUACCGCCUAUUAUUGAGCCUAUCAUUAACAAGACUGAGCGAGAGGGCAAUGCUGUGGAGCUUGUGUGUGUUGCAAAGGGCGACCCAGCCCCGAUGGUCACAUGGAGAGUCAAGGGCUCCCACAGCCCCAUUUCCGACAGUCCGGUAGUGAGAGUCUUCACCAUUGAAGAACACGUUGAAGUAAAGCCUCCGAUUCAUGUCAGGGCUGCGACACUCACGUUCACCAGAUUGCAACCAGAGCACGCCAACAACUACACAUGUACCGCCGCCAAUGUGGCUGGAACUGACGAGAAGGAUGGCAACAUUAUCGUUGAGUUUGUACUGUGUCCUGUGUUUGCCCCAGGAGUUUGGACUGCAUUCUUCAUUGGGACGCUGGAUGUCUUAGUUUAUGGAGGCUCGGAACAACAUUGGCAAUAAAGGCAAACAUGCAAUCUCUGACUUGACACCGCCCAGUUGAACUUGAACAUAUUGGCAGUGCUUGUAUCUUGUUUAAUGCAGCAUUCAGCUGCAUGGCAGCGACCUCUAGAAACACUAUGACGUCAUGAUGUCCGUUCAGACUGACAGUUAGCUAGAGUUUUUAACGAAAAUAAUCAUCAGCAGAUUCUUAGGCUUUUGCGAGCUGACUGCUCACCAGGUUUUAAAAAACGAAUGACCGAAGAAACUUUGUAUGGAGGAAAAUGACUGAUCCCAAAGGUGACAUUUCUACCGACUCUUUUACCAACAUUGUGUUUUCUGUCUUCAGGGCAACUGACCAACCCAUAGUGUAGUGUUGUUGUGGCUGGAUUUAACCCAAGAUUGGAAGAACGUUCCCGAUUGGCGACAAGAGAACACAGAGAGUACCAGGUAUGUAAAUAAGUAUCUCACUACCAUACCACCAUUGACAUUCCCUAGCUAACCAAUGACAAGAGACUUUUUUCAUUACCAGAAGGAACCCGCCGUCUACAAUAGUGGUAUCCAGACCUCUGAGAGAAUUAUGUUGCAAAUACUAAGCAAACAACAUAAUAAAUGCAGUCCAUCACAGUUAGGCACAGAACUUUUCAGCCACCCCUCGUACCAUGCACACUGAAAAUAUAUGGCAUCUGAUGUGUUGUUGAGCGGAUACAGUCACAUUCACAACCUGAUAAAUGGCAUCCAGUGUCCAGCACACCCAAGUGAAGAGCAAAGUGAUCUUGAAGCGAAAGUGUAAAUCAUCAGUUCAGAUGGAACAUUCCCAUUUUCUAGCAUCUGAUGAAAUUCCUUUUUUGAAAUUUCGCCUGACACUGCAAACAGUGGACACAAUAUCGUGUUCUUAUCAAGUGAUAGAAGUGGUGAUACCUUUGAUCUGGGCAUUUGGAAUGAUAGAACCAGUGUGGGAUAACAAUGGCAUGAAAUGCUUUUUAGGAAAGGGGGCACUUCUCAGCACAAGUGUGAUCAUUAUUCAGCUGCAGUCAUUGCUCUCAUAUGGACAUGUCUGAUUUUAUGAUGACGUAGAAGAAAGGUUCUACAUGUACCGCGGACACUUAUCUAAGUAGAGAUUUCAGAGAAGAGCAGUUCGCCAUCCGAAAUUGCAUGUGUUCACUGGAUGUGACUUAGUGCAUUAAAAUGUAAAGGCAAGAAGUCAUAUCCACACGGGAACACAUCACAGAGGUUUCAACUGAGUUAGAGUCACAAGUAUCAGGUGGACUAGCUCAGUCACUUAAGAAAUGUGUCUGCUCAUUGUAUGGAGAAGACAGCUGGAGAACUGUAAGUGAAGCACAACUGGUUCAACUGGCUGCAAGUGGGAGACAUCUCUUUGUCGCAACAAGGAUUCCCAGAAGCGGCAUGUCCAACAAGCAAAUAACAAAGUUGCAAUUCAGCGUCCAAGCCUCGAGAAAUGCAUUGGAGCGACAAAUCCGCUUGGACAUUAACGGCUGAGAGACUAUGACAUAAUUCUUGUGAAAUGGACUGCCACCCUAAUUGCUCCUGAGACUAUUCUUGUCUUUGUUCAUUGCAGAUGUUUCUUCUACUAAUGGUUUGCAUGCAAGCGCAUUUUUCAAUUGCAGAGAACCGUGUAUGUCAACGUACACAUAUCGAUAACUAUUAUUAGUAGCCUGCAGGACUUUAUAUUUCUGACAAGAAUAGAUCAAGUGUUUCAAUGACACAACCAGCUUGUCCGAAAUGAGUUGUGGACUAGUUGGACAUGGCCAGUGAUGUCUACUGCAGUGAUCUGUCGUCAGUAAUUUACUAUAUUUAGAUACUAGCGUGGUGUGUAAACGUCCUGUCCAGCAUACCACGGACGGUGAUAGAAUGUUAUGGAAACUUUAAUGUUCUAGUUCCGUGAGACGAGUGAGGGCACUGUAUAGAAAACACCAGUUGCUUGAUAGGCUGUAUACAUAGUGGGACCAAAACAUGUUUACGUAUCUCUCACGCAUUUUUAGUCAUCAGAACCAACUUUCAUGUGAGGAUCGUUCAUUAUCGCAGAUUCCCUGCCUAGGUCAUCUCGGAAGUUUGACCCCUUUCGCCACUGGGUGAAUAUAUAUUAUUAUCACUGACUUUUGCUUUCACCACUGCAUUUUUAUAUUUGAAACUGAUCACUGCCAUCAUAUUAUAUAUUGUCGUUGAAUGUUGUACUACCACCCUACUGUACUGCCAUCGUAAUUGCUGUGCAGUAAUUUGUGUUCAUUUGUAAACCUAGUUAGUUUUGUAAUACACAUUUUAAUUGUA